AUAACAGGAAGUAAAUGAAACUGGCAUUGUAUUGUUUUUACAGUAAAGAAAGUCCAGAGUCCAGAGGAGCGUUCUGAUUCCAUCUGCAGUGAAACCGGACACAAUGGCACAGCUAGAUCAACUUCAGACACGACUGCAGGAGUACAUCUCAGAAACAUUUGAAGAAAUCAGAACCGUGAAAAACUUCUGUGACAGAGUAAAACAAUGGAUUUAUCAGAGGAUGGUGGAGUUAUUAAUAAUGAGAAAUAUCAAAGAGCGUGCAAACACAUUCUUUGGCCGUUUCAGAAAGCAGAAGCUGGAGGAGGAGCUGGGGGAGGUUCUGAGCAACACUCAGGAGGGACUGAAGAUUCUCCAGCCCUUCCUGGAUGCAGUAGAAAGGCUAGCAGUCACCUCACUGCAUGUGUUUAAGGAGGAAAGUGUUCAGUUGGAGGGGGUGAGCUCUUCAGCUGUACGAUCAGUGAUCUUCACUGCCAGAUUCGUGUCUCCAAUCCUCAUCCACUUCAAGAGAGAUUCAAGAGCUUUCUUCAUGCCCAACCUCGACAAUGUGGAGGUCCUGAUCUUCGAGCUGGAGAAAUACAUCCUUCUUACCCAACAGAUCUGCGGAACAAUAUCCAAAAACACACCAGGAUUAAAAGGAUUAAAGGAGAAACAUUUAUGGAAGUUCAGUUUCACUAUGAGUGGAUCUAUGAUAAGCAUGAUGGACCAUUUGAGCAAAAUUAGAAUGGACAAGUCAUUCCGGCUGUCCUUCCUCUUUAAAGAAAAUGCUCAGCGCUUUAUGGAGACCUACAGUGAAUGUCGUCCUCGGAUGCUCAAUUUCCUGUCAGGUUUAGAAGAUUCUGCAGUCAAGCUGGACAGGAUGAAGAUGGUAUCCAGCAUCUCCACUGUGGCGGGCAGUUCAGUAGGUGCUGCUGGAGGUGUUGUGUCCAUUGUGGGCUUGGCUCUGGCUCCUGUCACUGCAGGAGCAUCACUGACCCUCACGCUCACUGGCGUUGGGCUUGGGGCCAUCAGUGCAGUCAACAGCUUAGCGACAGGAGUUACUGAAAUUGCAGUCAACAAACAUCAAGGGGGGAAUGCCAACAACAUCUUCCAGAAAUUCAUGGAGGAUGUUCAGGCGAUUCUAGACUGCAUGAAUCAAGCAGCUAGCACUGAAGGUCCAGUGGUACAGUAUGAUGUAAUAGAUACAGCAUUUGAAGCUGGGAAAGUGAUAGUCCGCUCUGGAGCAGUAGGCAAAGGUAUUGACGCCCUUGUGGAUGGAGCUUCAGCUCUGAAGGCUCUAAGCAGUGAGGAAGUGGCUAUGAGUGCAGUCAGUUUGGGGCUUCAGGAGGCUAAAGCUGCUCGGAGCAUCCCCAACCUGGCUGCAGACCUGCCGGAUAUCGGGCAGCUGGCAAAGGGCACUCCUCUGGCUCUUUCAAAAGCAGCCAGAGCUGGAUUUAUUGGUCUGAAUGCUCUCUUCAUCGGUCUGGAUGCAUUUUUAAUCUGCAAGGAAAGUGUGAGUCUGGCCAAAGGAAAGAAAAGUGAAAUGUCCAAGCUUCUCCGAUCCAGAUCGUCCCUGUGGUGCGCAGAGAUAUUGGGAUGGGAUGAGAUCUAUGAUUAUCUGUGGAAAGGGAAAGAUAACUUUACUGAGAGCCUGAACAUUUUAUAUCAACCACUCAAUGUUUGAUUUAAAAUGUCAGAUUUAAGUAACUACACUGUUCAUAGAAAUGAAGAGAACACGUAGUCAUCACAGUAUAACGCAAAGUCAGGAAGCAUAAGCCAUGUGAAUCAAUUUCACCUGUUGGUGCAAAUAAAAGUGAGAACAGGUUUUCCACAGAGGCAAUAGCAAGAGAACCUCCAAAGUAGGAGUGGUCUUAUUCUUCCUGACUAAUUCUAAUUUUGCAUUUUUCUAGUAUUUCUCUCACUACUAAGCAUGAGGCAGAACUGCAUUAGGUUCAGGUUACACAGGUAGUCCUGCUUCUCCAAGAUGGCACAUCCAUAUGUGUUGUUACAUAAGCUUGCAGGAGAUUUCUGGAAAUAGGCUUUUACAGGGGCUUGCAAAAGUAUUUAUACCCCUUGAACUGUUCCAUAUUUUGUCGCAUUACAACCACAAACAUAAAUAUUUCAUUUAAAUUUAAUUUAAAAGACCACAUUAAUAAAAAAAUGAAUAAAAAACUGAAAAGGAUUGUGCAAAAGUAUUCAACCCAGUAUGCAUCCAGUUGCAUUCAGAAGUUGCCUGAAGACUGCUAAUGACUAAAAAGAGUCUACCUGUGUGUAAUCUAAUCUCAGUACAAAUACAGCUUCAGGGGUUGGUUGAGAGAAUACUGGGGAGUAAACAGGAUCAUAAAGUCCAAGGAACACACCAGACUUGAGACUGGGAUGGAGGUUCACCUUCCAGCAGGAGGACGACCCUAAACAUGAAGCCAGGGCUACAAUGGAAUAUUUUAAAACAAAACAUAUUCAUGUGUUAGAAUGGCCCAGUCAAUGUCCAGACCUAAACCCAAUCGAGAACUUGUGGCAAGAUCUGAAAAAUACUGUUCACAAACGCUCUCCAUCUAAUCUGACUGAACUUAAGCUUUAUUGCAAAGAAAACUUUAGUCACUAGAUGUGCAAAGCUGGUGGAGACAUACCCUAAAAGACUUGCUGCUUUCAUGUUAAGAUAGCAAAGUUUGUUCAUGCUGUAUUCAUUAUGACUUAAGUGAAAAUGUAUGGUGUGAUUGAAUAAAUUUCAUGCAAAAUUUGAUUUAAAAAUGUAUACAUACAGUAUGUCUUAUAUUUAUCUAUAUAUGCUUUUUAAAUAGUUAAAUCUAUUUUAAUUCUUGAAUGUUUUACUUUUAAAAUAUUCUUUGUAAUUCAUUUUACUCCCCUGAAUUUU